ACCGAACGCGCCACCAUUGCCCCCUGGUGCUGCGAGUCCCACUCAGCCCAGGUCUUGGGACAGCAGCCCGAUUCUAUCUCAAAACAUCCCUUGGAACUGUUUCGAUCACCUCUCAGCGCUAAUUGCAACUUAAAAGUUGUCAUGUGGACUGUCUAUGGGAAAUUCGUCGACGGAGACGAUGUCGAACGAGAAGUCCCUUCCACUCAUGAGACAAAACUGCUGAAAACUGGGAAAUCGUACAUGGUUGGCCGUAAAAGCCCUGCCCCGCUGUGUAUCAAUUCAAAACGAGUGUCAAGAACGCAUGUGGAGUUUGUUGUCGACAGUUUCACGGCUGACGAUGUGACAAAUCCUGUAACGAAGCCGAGACUGCGGGGCAAAAAUCUAGCGCUCAAACCACUAACCGUUGAACGCGCAGGGGGGAAUCAGAUAAUCGCACCACAAACAACAUUGGACCUGCUGGACGGUGACAUUCUCGUCCUCUCGUCGCACGACAAGAUUCGUGUGACUUGGACCGAAGUUUGCUGCUAUGAAAAUCCUCCUCGCACGAAGAGCUCUUUCUUCAAUGCUUGCGCCUCACUGGGACUACAUGUUGUGCAUACCCAACCCAGCACGACAACCCACUAUCUAACUCACGAACUCGCUGCCAUUCCUCCGCAAGCGGUCUCACUCGUGCACGGCUCUCACUUCGUGACACCUAACUGGCUUGACGAGAUACUUCGUCUGGGAGAUCUGCCCAAAAACUCGGAUCCAUCGAAAGGAGUUGCACUCGAGCAAGCCUUUGUCCUGCCUCCCACGACCAAAUAUUGGCCUUCAUUUGGAUCUGACUUACCGGCUGCAUACAAAAGUUUUGGUACAUGGGCCCCGAACGAAGCUCGGAUGCACAUGUUCUCUAAACACUGGUUUCUUUGCGUUGGCGAGAAAGAGCGAGAGAUCAGCGGGGAGAUGAGAGAGCUGAUUGACAGGGCGCAAGGCAAGGUCAGCACGUUCAAUGUGGAGCAGGGGGAAGAUAAAUGGAGGAAGACGCUGGUUAGACUACAGGCGAAACAGAAUGUGAACCUUGUUCUGUUGGGAAACACGUCUGCGUGCGAAGCUGCGGUUGGCAGGAGCAACUGGCAAGAGCUUGUUUCAGUGGCAGAUGCAUUCCGGCUUCGAUUUCACUCGCAUGAUGAUCUCAUUCGAGCCAUUCUGGAUGCGAACACCAAGAUAUUCAGCGAGGAGCGAGAGAUUCAAGCUUCUGCAUCCUCUUUGCCCGAGAUCGUGUAUAACACAUUAGAGGACGAGAAGUCCAUUGCAUCAGAGAUCGAAUCUGCUCCACCCCCUGUGCGCAGACUCAUUCGACGAACUGCGUCGCGACAAGCAUCUCAGGAGCCGGUCCCGGCCGCCGCUGAGACGGCACCUCCCCCACCUCCCAAGAAGCUGACACGACGGGUGCAAGUACCAAUGCUUACGGGACUGGAUGAUUCCUCCUUCGUCAUAGACUCGAUGACGCAGAGCUCGGCCGCUCCAAUAUCCAUUCCUGAGCCGGCUCCGGCUAAACCACGCUCGAAGCUCAAACGGCGAGUUGGCACGGUCUCGACCAUUGAGGCGGAGUCCGACAUCAGUCUUGCGGUGGCCGGUAUCGAGAGUGUGGCCGCCGAAGAACCGCCUCUCAAAAAGUUCAAGGCUCUCUUCGAAGCCAGCAAUCCUUCGAAUGACUUUGAUAGCAUUGACCAGAGUGGGGCAUUCGAUGAAGAUGGUCUGCUGUUGUCCGAUUCGCAGACACAAUCGGUCACUCAAACUCAAACGGCCGGCCGGUCUGGUCGGCAUCCGACUGCUCUCAGAUCCCUCCCAGAAGAGGAUGAAGAAUCACAACCGGUUACUGUUAGCAGAAAACGGAAGGAGCGAUCCGCCGAUGCGGACGAUGAAGAAAUGGCCGGUAUUGCGGCCGAAUUAAAUAAUCCCUCAGGCGGCAGUAUCAGAGGCAGCACCCCCGCUCUGAAAAAGCGAGCUACUGGGAGCAAUGCGGUACAACCUGCGACUGCAAAAACACCGUUACCGACGACGAAACUGGGCAAGAAACCAUCUGCUGCAGCGGCGGCCGGGGCUGCGGCCGGUCAACCGGAUACAGAUGAAGCAUUUCUCCAAGCGAUCGCCUCGACAAGGCGAGGGAAAAAGACGGAAGACGAGUUCGAUCGUGACUUCAACAAGCUCAAGAUCAAGGCCGACGUCAAGGGUGCAGCUGAGAUUGAGCGGCCAGCCUGGGAGAUUGUCGAUUCGUUUGGUGACGAGACCGAUCUGCGCGGCAACUUUAUGGUCAUUCAAGACCUGGAGGUCUACAAACUACAGGGCGAGGGCAGGAAACAAGCCACAGUGACUAAUCCACUUUGGGAAGGAAAACCAGACUUCAAGAAGUUCAAGCAGAAAGCAAAUAAGAGCAGCACCGCUGCUUUGGGGAAGAAAUUUGUGGACCUCGUCAUCAGCGAAGACAGCUAUAGAAUCGGCGACGACGACUUCCAGAACGAGUUUUCUUUCCAAGACCAUGAGGCCUCGAAAAUCAAGCAGAAGGGUAGAGAGGUCUUUGACCAUGAUGAAGCCCUAUCAGAUCAGUCAAGCGUCGUUGAACCACCAAAGAAAAGGGGGACCCAACCUCCGAAGCAAGCCUCGAGUAGGACAGCACGGACAGCAUCAAGGACGCCGGCUCCACUGUUUCUCGAGGACUCCGACGAAGAGCAACAGUUCAAACCGACGACCAGAGGCAAAGCCAAGGCCGAGCCCUUCGAAGCUACGCUGGACAUGGAUGACGACAUGGAUGUUGAUCAAACAUUGCGGUCUGCCUCGCUCAGGCCCUCCAGACAAUCCGCCCAGGCAAGAGGUGCAAAGAGGAAGGUCGUUUCAGAGUCUGAGAUGAAGAGCACAGCGACAGCAGCUCAGACGCCGGAAAUAGAAGGGGUAAGAACAGAAAGAAACGAGCUCGGCGAUGACAGAGAUUACAAUCUACUUUAUGAGUUUUGAAUCGUCGCCAUUUGGCCUUGCAACGCUGAUCACAUGACCGUGAUUCACUCACUUCGCACCAUCAUGAGCGCCGAGGCCGACGCACUGUUAGCUCUUCGUCAAGCUAUCAAGACGAAGAGCACCAUAACGUACUCCAAAAAUGGGGAACCAGUCUCCACACUUCUCGACGCGACUCACAUCAACAUCCCACCCUCCAGCCAGUUCCCGAAAUCGACACCAACGAGAUACCGCAAUCCUGCGUCUACGAACGACUUCUUCUCCAUUGAAGCGAUAUAUCUAGUCUGGCUACUACGAGAUGCAACUCUCGUAGAUUACAUGACGCGGGUCAGGGAAAAUGGGGUGGCGGUGGGGUCUGUGAGUGUCACAGAGCGGAAAAGCGUGUUGGAUUGGUUAGAGGGAACAGUGGGGGACAAUGAGCGGAUAGUGCCUCUUUCCACGGAAAGUACGACGCCUCCGGGUUCGCCGCCCUCUUCAUCGAAAACACUGUCCACUACGCCAUCGCUCAAGACGACUGGAACUACUUCGAGUUCACCGACGAAGAGGCGAUAUACGGCGGACCACCGAGAUCUUGAGGUCGUCAAGAAGAUCAAACAGAAUGAAAUUGAGCUGAGGGACCGGAAUUCGGUGCUGAGGGGAACGAAACCAACUAACUUUUCCAAUGUCCGGACAGUCUAUGCUGAGAAGCUCAAGAAGCUACGAGAGUCCAGCCGUUCGGGAGCCAGUGCGACGCCCGUGAGCGCGUCCGAUUCGAAAGUUCUGGCCAAGAAAGCUCGGAACAACUACCCCAUAAUCAUGAUAUCCUCAUCCCCCACCGCUCUUAUUACAAUGCACAACGUCAAAAAGUUCCUGCAGGAGUCGACAUUUGAACCAUCCCAAGACGCUCGGGCAAGAGCAGCUGCCGAGGGUAACCCACGUCCAGAGGACUUGAUCCCGAUCUACCGCAAACGUACGGUGAUCGACUCGUCCGGCAAAGAGCACGAGAUCCAGAGCCGGUACUUUGUGGUGGACAGUGUGGAAGCGCUGAGCAAGUUUGGGCCCGACGCAUGGGAGCGUGUGGUGUGUGUGAUGACGACGGGCCAGGCGUGGCAGUUCAGGCCAUACAAGUGGACGGAGCCGAUCUCAUUAUUCCACCAUGUGAAAGGGAUCUAUGUCUCAUGGGCCAACGACCCUCCCAAUGGGAAGAUUAAAGACUGGAACGUGACGGAACUGAAGAUCGAUCCCAUGCGCAGACACGUCGAUAAGUCUGUCGUAGCGCAAUUGUGGAAGAUCUUGGAUGGUUGGACGGCAAUCAACAAGCCUGGUUUGAUCCAAGGCUAGAUCUCUGUCUGCUCUCAUUGUACAGUCCAUCUGUUGUCUGCUCUGAAUCUUGUCUGUAUACUUGAUAGAGAGCCGUCAAUGGCGCGCGUGUUGAUACUGUGUCACAUAGUACCCUAGCCCGGAGGUCGCCGAUUGUGACGACGGACUGGGAUAUGUGGUUGAAUCCACAUCAGGGCCCUACGCAGUGGGAGUCAGAAAACAUAGGCAGGCGGAACCGAAGCACUGACGAAGUCCACCACGAAUGGACGGCUCUGGGUGACUGCAAACAAGCGAGAGCUUUCUAGUGCCAAUGCGUAGACGGGAGACGCGUCGUUGAAUGGUGCGUGGAAACUGAAACCUUUGUUUGCAGAGCGCACAUCCCAGAAAGAGACCAGGCUGUGUCGGGCGGAGCCAGCCGCUACGUAACAGCCCGACCCGCCGCCACAGCCCACGGAGUAGAUGGGCUCGUCAGAGAAAGAAUUAGACAGCGUCAUCACAGGCCGCAGUCGGCCGUCGCGGUCACGGUCGGAAGACCGGAGAUCGUGUACUGAGAGAGUGCCGUCGUACCACCCGGAGACGACCGAAGAUGCAGCCCAGACGGAACAGGGUGGUCCCUGGCAUAUAUCGAAGACAGCCAAUCCUCGUCUGGCGAUCGAGUCCUGUUGUGCGAGGACCAGACUGGGUAUGAAACCUGAAGGCGAGAGCGAGUAGAUGCUCAGUGGCUUAGCAUCAGUGCUGGUCCCGAAAGCUGCAUAGGGACUCGAUGCGCGCGAGUUGAGGUGACACUUCCAGCUUCGUGUUUGUGACGAAAUUUCGAACGAGGAAGCUGUCUGGCACAGAGCAGUAUCGAUGAGACGCGCAGAUCCGUUGGCCGAAAGAGCCAACAAGAGAUCGUCGCUGGCCGAUAAGCUUUCUACAAAGUCUUUGGGUGGCAAAUCGAUGUCGUGACGCGUUCUCUGGCCGGAGACGGCGAGAAAUUCAAGGGAGCCGUUCUGCAAUCCUAUGCAGAUUCCGUCGUCUGGAACACACGCCAUAGCUGUGACAUACUGCCCGGGAUCGUCCUUCAAUUUGAGAUGGGUCUCGGACUCUACCCUCGGGUUCUUGUUCGCGAGAAACCGAAGGAAUGGAGGGUGUGUCCAGCCGCAAUGAUGAGACGCGACGAGCUCAGGGCCAGUCGCGGCCGUUUUCUCCCUAACCAUGGAUCCGAUAGCGGUCGGGCGACAAAUUUCCGCUGGUCCCAUCUUCGGUCUGUCAGAACGUCAUAUCGCACUCGGACUGAAGGCUGCCACAGGUCACGCGACCUGCUGAGGCUGAGAGACGGUCUUUGGUUGUUGCGUAAGUAGGCGGCCCAUCCAAAUUCAUAAACCUGAAGUUAUGCAUGGGCUGAUUAAGAGGAGGUUUGAUGAAACUCACCAGCGACUGUAGCAAUUUGCAAGUCCGGGCUAUGGAAUCAAGUUCCCAGUAUCCGAGGUCGCAGAGGAUGAGGAUAAGAAGAUCGUUAGGUAGUUCUAAGAGGGAUUCCAUAUCCAAUCGCCUGCUCGUCCUCAACGUUAAAGUGUCUAUCGCUCCGGAACCGAAUUGACUCGACGGCGCGACAACUUGUCUGCUCUGGUAGAUCCACCGCAACUUGUGACGGCGAUCCCCACAGUACUGGGACGUUUGCCUAGCAUGCAACGACUCAACUCGCGGGUGCUUGCACGGCGCGUCCGCAAGCUUGGCAGUCCUCGUCACUACCACGACGAAUCGUUUGGGUUCCGCAAACCGCGUGAUUUCGUGUUCCCGGACUACACAGAAGCACAGUUGCAAAACAGGGCCGAGAAUGCGACGCUCCUGCGCUACGUCGACUCGGUUCGAACACAUGGCCACCGGGCUGCGCGUAUUGAUCCUCUCGACCUCAUCCACCGGGACGAGGUCGCGGCACUCGAUCCGCGUAGAUACGGUCUCCUGGACGAACAGCAGAAAUUUAACGUCAAUGGUAUCCUGUGGACGCGGCCGAUCGACGAGACUCACCGAGAGGACGCGGAAGAGUGGUGGACUUUGGCGCAGAUCACGGACCAUCUGCGGCGGAUCUACACGGGCCCCAUCGCAUACGAGUACAUGCACUCUCCGUCCAAGACCGAGAGGCUGUGGUUCUCACACACGCUGGAGUCGACACACAUUGCGUCGACCCGCACACCCAUGCCCAAACAAUUCAAAGAACGCAUCCACGGCCUGCUUGCGAGGAGCGAGGUGCUCGACAACUUCCUGCAGCUCAAGUUCCCGAACCUCAAACGCUACGGCCUGGAAGGCGGUGAAUCCAUGCUGCCUGCGCUGGACUCGCUGUUCUCUGCUGCAGCCAAAGACGGCGUUUCUUCCGUUCUUAUUGGCAUGCCCCAUCGAGGCCGACUCAACUUACUGACGGAUCUAUUGAAAUUUGCCCCCGCUGCCCUAUUCCACAAGAUCAAGGGUGGCGCUGAAGUCCCGGAGGAUCUCGGUGCGGAAGGCGACGUCCUCAGUCAUCUCGCUGUGUCGACCGCGUUGGAAUACGAUGGCGCAUCAGAACCUAUUCAAGUAUCUCUGCUCCCUAAUCCGUCACAUUUGGAGGCUAUCAACCCUGUUGCUUUGGGUAACACGCGGGCCAAACAGUACUCACUUCUGAAGACGUCGCCGAAUGAUUGCACCUUGGGAGACAAAGUGAUGUGUGUUCAGCUUCAUGGCGAUGCCAGUUUCAGUGGCCAGGGCGUCGUGAUGGAAAGUUUGGGACUGAGUAACUUGCCGCACUUCACUAGCGGUGGCAGUGUUCACAUCGUAGUCGACAACAAGUGACUAAUACAUUCUCUCGCUGUCUUCCGUGUCUCUGAUGUUCUGAAGUAUCGGAUACACAACACCGGCAACUGGAGCUCGUUCAUCGCAGUAUUGCUCAGACAUCGGGAAAGGGAUCAAUACCCCGGUCUUGCAUGUCAAUGGCGACUAUCCCGAAGACGUGGUCAGGGCGAUGACCUUAGCAUUCCAGUACCGCAACUACUUCCGUAAGGAUAUUAUCGUCGAUCUUUUGGUUUAUCGUCGCUGGGGUCACAAUGAGCUGGAUAUCCCCAAUCUCACUAGUCCACUGAUGUACGAGAAGAUAUCUUCUCGCAGGUCUGUUCCUCAGCUGUACGAAGAGAAGCUUAUCGCCGACGAGACAUUCGACCCGAGCGAAAUCCACGAGGUCCGAUCUGCCUACAGGGCUGAGCUCGAUGCUGCGUUGACCAGUGUGCCUUCUUUUGUCCCGUCCGCGACGAUGCUCGAAAAGCAGUGGAGCGGCAUGAUCUGGCCGUCCAGUGCAGAUGCCGACAAGGAACCCAGCACCGGAUUUGACGCCCAAGAAUUAGCUGAUAUCGGCCGAAACUCUGUGGCUAUCCCAAAUGGCUUCGAAAUACACCCCAAACUGCAGCGGCACGUGAAGAACAGACUGUCCAGCAUCGAGUCGGGGGCUGGGCUUGACUGGGCCACUGCUGAGGCACUUGCAUUCGGUUCUUUGAUGAAAGAAGGUUUCGACAUCCGCAUUUCCGGACAAGACGUUGGUCGAGGGACCUUCAGUCAGCGACAUGCGAUGCUCGUGGACCAGCGCACUGAAGCCGUUGUUGUCCCACUCAACGACACUCUCAAUGCCUCGGGAAAGCUGGAAUUGGCGAACAGCUCACUUAGCGAAAUGGCGGUGCUCGGUUUUGAAUAUGGAGCGAGCUGGGAAAGGCCUACCAUUCUACCGAUAUGGGAAGCUCAGUUCGGAGACUUUUUCAACGGUGCCCAGAUCAUCAUCGACACAUUUAUUUCAUCAGCUGAAACGAAAUGGCUCAAACAAAGCGGAAUCGUGCUGCUUCUUCCUCACGGCCUGGAUGGUGCAGGCCCAGAGCACUCUUCAUCUCGUGUGGAACGCAUGCUCCAACUCUGCAAUGACCGGUACGGUAGUCAGGAGGAUGAUCCAAAUAUCAACAUGCAUGUCGUGUUCCCGACUACUCCGGCGCAAUACUUCCAUCUCUUGCGCAGACAGAUGAAGAGGAACUACCGCAAACCACUGGUUGUCGCUGGCCCGAAGGCGCUUCUCCGACUCUCGGCGGCAUCUUCGUCUCUGAAGGAUAUGGAACUUGGUACCAAGUUCCAACCUGUUCUCGAAGAUCCAGCCGGUAACACAACGACCGCAAAGCGUGUGGUGUUCAUCACCGGCAAGAUCCACUACGAAUUGAUGAAAGAACGGCAAGUCCGCUCGCUGGAGAAUGAUGUCGCCUUUGUCCGCAUCGAAGAAUUGGCGCCCUUCCCUUUCAGCGAGGUCCAGACAGUUCUUAAACAGUACAAGAAUCUUGAAGAAGUCGUGUGGCUGCAAGAAGAGCCCAAGAAUCAGGGCGCCUGGUCUCAUGUGGCUCCGCGACUGGACAGCGUCUUGCAGGACCUGGGAUUGAAUCAGAGAGUCGGAUACUGUGGCAGGAAGCAGAGUGCACUUCCUGCUCCUGGUAUUGGGAAACUGUAUGCAGCACAACAGCGGGCGGUCAUCGAGUCCGCAUUCAACGGUGUUUAAGUAAAAGUAAAAUUGAUAUGUCGUGGUUGAGAGUCACCUCGGUCCCGUCGUGCUGAGUCGGUCAACAAAAGUCAUCGCGCCGCCUCUUUCGAGGACUCACUACAUGGCCACGUUUGUUGACUUGCCUCAAGAGCUCGUUGAUCAGGUCGUCGGGGAAUAUGCCCAAGACAGAGCCUAUUUGAGAGUUUGCGCGCUGAUCUCAUCCGCCUUUCUUCCGCCGAGUCGCACACAUCUCUUUUCGUCACUUCGUAUCACUCCUGGCAAUAUCUACCCGUUUCGAUCACUCAUCGCAUCCUCAACGUCCGUCGCAUGGUAUGUCCAGCGGCUCGAGGUCCCUGGGACGACCAUUGGGCCACCGACCAUCCUCCCCGUCGAGACGAUCGCGCGACUCCCGAACCUCAAGUUCCUUGUCUGUCAAGCGGACCCAUUUGACUUCCGACAAAUCCACUCACAACCAAACGUCACGCUCGCGCCCGCACUGCAGAGCCUGACUUCCUUGCAAGUGUCCAUUGACCGGCUAUGGACGAUACCCUACUGGGUCGCGCUCCUGGAUGCGUGCCCAGCGCUGACGGAUCUGACCGUCCACGCUGAAGCUACCGGGUGGGGUCAAUGGACGUACGACGACCUCACAUUGUCCAUCCCACCGCCCCCGCCCCCGCCUGCGCGCGCGCCUCGUCUCCGGGCGGUCAGAAUCACGGGCGACUGCAAGAUCCUGGUCCCGUUGAACGCGUGGUUCCUGUCCCGCGGGUCGUUGUCCGCUGUGGAAACGCUCUACGUGGAUCUGCUGUACAUGCUGGAAGACUACGACGCCGCGGACCAGAGGCUCCCGAUGCUGCGAGCGGUCAUGGCGACGGUGAGGGACUUGACGGUCAACCUGGACCCGCCGAUCUCUCUGGAGGGCGAGCCUGGAGUGAGCGCUGCUCGGAUGCCCCACUUGCGGACGCUGCGCAUUCGCGAUGGCUCCGACGCGCGACUGAGCGAAUCCAUCGACUGGCUUGCUGGGUUCCUCAGCACGACACCCGUGCACGGGGAAAGUCUUCUGGUCACCGAGAGCCCGUUAGAGGAGCUCUCCCUCGAUCACCAUGUUCGGCGUCAGGAUCUGACGGCGGUCAACCCGGCCAGCUGGGCUGCGAUCGAUUCUGCUCUCAGCGCGUCACAUCCUGGCACCGUAUCCUCGCAGUUUCGAGGAUUUGCACGGUAUGCGGAACGAUUCGGUGAGGCGCAGGCUAAGAAGCUUCUGGAACAUGAGUUUGAAACUUGGAGUCGACUGGUGGCUUUUGUGGAACGAGAGAAGAUGGACUGCGAGCUCUGGGUCGGGGACACGCUCGAUGUUGCCAUGUCUGAAACAGUCGCAGCAGACGUUCGAGAAAUAUUCGGCGCAUAUAAAUCCUACGGGGGGAAGGUGGAUCACAUCAAAGUUAUCGAUGAUCCUGCAGAAGCUGAAAAGAUUUCCCGUCUGAGAGGUGCUCAAGCUGUCUGGGCAUGGCCUGCGUCGACCUUUUACCCGUGGAAACUGGUGGCCCAUUUGAUGAAGUUGAAUAUCGCUGCAGGCGCCAAUCUGCAAACAUGGACACCCGUGCAAAGUGUCACGCCGUCCGCAGACGCCGAAGGCUCGUGGAACGUCAAUACAGAACGGGGGUCGAUCCGGACGCCCACAGUUGUCUACGCGACCAACGCAUACACCUCUGGCAUCCUGCCAUCGUUCAGUAGAUACAUCCAACCGACAGCACACAUGUGCGACAGAGUCAUCCCUCCGCGAUCCUUUGCUGGCAGCAAAGCUCUGCAAAAUUCGUACGGUGUUCUGAUGGACGGCGGCUCGAUGUACAGCAUCAAUCCGCAAGCAAACGGCGACGGAAUCGUGCUAUUCGGUGGCGACAACCCUAAUCAACGGAAGCUGAAGGCCUACCUCGCUAAAGAUCCUCUGCGGCUCUUCAACGACAGCCUGAGCAAUUUCCAGCCGGUCACAGAGGCGGUCAAUCACUUGACUUCCACAUCGUUCGAAGGGUGGAAUGAAAAUACACCAGCACCUGGGGUUGGGCCUGAUUAUUCGUGGAGCGGGAUUAUUGGGGAGAGUGCAGAUGGUUUGCCCUUCAUUGGACAAGUGCCAGAUCGCCCAGGACAGUGGAUUUGUGCUGGAUUUCAUGGACAUGGAAUGGCACAUAUAUUCACAUGUGCACCCGGGCUGGUGACCCUCAUGCAGGGCGGAUCUUGGGUGGACACUGGUCUCCCCGAAUGUCUCGAGCUCACGGGAGAGCGCCUAGAGAGGAUUCACGACAUCUCCGAACUGUUGCGAGUGACCGCAGAUUCACUCGUAACUGGAGUUUUGACAGAACCUGUCAAAUAG